GACGUAGCUCACAUAAUGUGAAAAACACAAACUGAUAACCAGUUCCUCCUUUAGAAACAGCCGGAUGCUGGUUGUGCCACCUUCUGCCAUCUGCUACUGGAGCUGAUUUAGAGGAGAAACCGUGGCAUCGGACCGAUCAGGAAGCAACUCUGAGAUUCUGCCGCUACUCUUCUCUUCUCACAUCGAACAUGUCAAUCUCUUCAUCAGCAACAGACAACUUGAUAGUGGUGGCACACAUUCCAAGAAGAAUAAACUAUGCUUUACCUUCACCCGAUGGGACAAGCCAGGGAAAUACUUGCAGCCGACAAGUUCCUUUGUGUAUCGGGGCAGCACAGAUCAUCGUUGCUUUGGUCUUAAUUGGACUUGGGUCCUUCUUGGCAACUCAGUUUGAAUCUCUGGUUUCUGAGUCUUAUGUGUUUGUCUGGGCUCCGCUGAUCUUUAUUGCUGCUGGAUGUUCUACAAUGGCUGCUGGUUGGACAGCAGAAAGCUCUCUGGUGAGAGCAGCUCUCAGGAUAAAUGUUGCUGCUGCAGUGCUCUCCCUCAUCACUUUCAUCCUCUACUUUGUGUGGAUCGUAUUAAACAACAACACAGAUCCUUUUACAGAUAAGUCUUAUACAGGGCUCCUGUUCAUGUCACCAUUAUUACCCUUCUUGGAGUUUAUCUUGUCAAGUUUUGUUGCACAAGGCUGUUGCAGAAACUCAUGCACACUGCAGCCGAGCCUCACCAUUGUUGGACAGCUGCAUGGAAAUACUUCCGAACAGGCUCCGCCCCCAUAUUCACCAUAGUGGCUCCACCCCCAUCUAAGCCCUUUCUGCAGAGCACACACCACCAGAGUCCACAGGAGGACCACCUCCAUCAUCAGAGACUCCUUCUCAUAGCGUGGACCGUUCACACAGACCUUCGGACAGGAGGCACAGGAGCGUGAAACGCACUCUUCCUUUCCCACAACCACAAGACAUGAAUAGAUGCACCGUCACUUCUGUAGUUUAUACUUUUGCUUAUUUAUUGUUUUUGCAUGUUACCCUUUUACCCUAUACUUGAUUAUUCUUUGGCAUCCAGUGUGGGCAGAAAAAUAUGAAUUUCACUGUGCAGGAAACAUUUCCUUCUGUACUUAUGACAAUAAAACGGUGAAUCAAAUA